CGCUCUGUUCACAAUGGGCGACUCAUGAUAAUCACGGAACAACGCACACACACAAACAAACAAACAAACAAACACGAGGAAACAUGUGGACGGAGAUGAGAAACAGCAGCAGCUCUUCUGAAGAACCACAGGACCAGAACCUCACACAGAUAGUUUCUCCAGUCUCUUCAUGGCUCCCUUCCAACUCCUAUAGAAAUGGCUCAGUGACUGACAGUAAACCUCCUCUUGCUGAGACUCCAGUGAGCAAACAGAGUGGAAUCAUACCAGGUGCGAUCGCUGCUGCAGUGUUCAUAGCCUUUCUGUUAGCGCUCUACACUGUUCUGUGGAAAUGCAUGAUUUCACAACCCAAACGGAGGAAAAAAAGAGUGAGUUUGAAGGCUCACGAGCAGAGGUCUCUUACAUGCUGACGCCCACCUGUCCAGAGGUACUGAUCUUAGGUCAGAUCCGUAUCCGCAGCAGCUUCAAUGACUGUUUAGCUGAUCACUACGCAUUAUCCAGUAUCCCAUUUGGAAAAUAGUUUUGAUUCGGUCAUUCAACUGAAUAUCUCUGUGAGUGUGUGACCAGAUUAAGGGGAUAGUUCACACACACAAAAAAAAAAACAUUUACUCACUCUCAUUUUGUUUCAAAUAUCAGUUUCUUUCUUGAAAAUACAAGGGAAGGUAUUUUGAAGAAUGUUGGAAAACAGCAGCCAUUGACUUCCACAGUAUUUUCACCCAUCCUUACAAUGUCAUUGGUGAUUUCACACGCACAUUCCUCAAAAUAUCUUCUUUUUUUUCAACAGAAAAUAGGGGAAAAACAUUUGAUACAACUUGAGGGUUUGUAAAAGUAAAUGACUUUUCAAAAUGAACUGUACCAUCCAUUAAACGUGUUCUUGAAGUAUGAGUAGUUUUACUUGGAUAGUAUUAUAAGAGUGACCAACAGAUAAAUGCCCACUAGAUGGCACUAGAUGUCUUCACUUUUCACUUGACGAAACUAGGAAAUCCGCCAAGAGUCCUUCAUUAUUUAGGCAAUAUAUAUUCUUAUAUCUUUGUAAACUUGCGUGUUUAGGACGUUUAUUUGAUUUUAUUGUCGAUAGAUAUGCUAAUUAACACACAAAAGAUAACACUUUUUAUAAAACUAGACGUUUGUUUUUCUCCAAACGUCCCCUUUGGCCAGGUGAACUCUGCACCAGUGAAUGAGUGCAUGUGUGUGGGUGUGAGAGAGUGAUCGAGUGUGUGAGAGAUAUUUGCCUUAUACAGCAGUAUUGGUUAGAGAACAGCACAUUUCUGGGUUAAAGUCUUUGGGUACGUGUGUGUGUGUGUGUGUGUGUGUGAAUGUAAGAAAAGGGAGUUACAGAUUGCUCAUUUUUAUUGUAGAUAAUAUGCUCCGUUUGCACAAGCUGUUCACGCUUAUAGAUAUUUUGCUUAUGUAAUGAUUUGUAAUUAGUGGUUUUCACUGUGAAUAUCUUGACUUUUAUUUUGGAUUAGAAUGUGUCGAUAUAACUCAGAUUUAGUUGUGUGGUUGUUUAAAACUUGAUAUACAGAUUAAAGACGAGUUUGUACAAUUGUUUUAAACGAAUAUAGAUCGCUUCAGGACGAAAAUGUUGCUAUCGUAGGCUGUGUAAAUUCAAACCUGCCCUGUGUUAAUCUUCAGAAUAAAAAUGGAGAUAUUUUUAA